UGCUGGGGGUGGAGACACCCGCAGCCUGUCGUCUAAUACUGAAGAACGCCGCUACAAAAACUCUGCUGCUUGCAGCCACACUGUCGUCAUUUACAGCAACAGUACUGACUUUGGAUCUCUAACGUUCCACCAUGUGUAAAGGACUUGCAACACUUCCUGCAACAUGCUUGAAAAGUGCCAAAGACAUCAAGCACAAAAUAAGCUUCUUACUCCAGAAGCCUGAACCCCAAGCAGCGGAUCAGAAGCAGAUGAAAGAGAAGAAUGCUGUGACUGCUGCGACUGCUGCUGCUGCGAAGAGCGUGCCCACGGCAACCGAGGUGAAGAAAUGGAGGGAGUCUUUCAGCCACGUGAUGAACAGUGACACUGGUCGUGCAGUCUUCACCACCUUCCUGAGGUCAGAGUUCAGCGAGGAGAACAUGGAUUUCUGGCUCGCCUGUGAAGAUUAUAAGAAGACAGCACCUUCCAAGCUGAUGACCAGAGCCAAACAGAUUUACCAGCAAUAUGUUGAGGCAGAUGCUCCUAAUGAGGUAAAUUUAGAUGCAGCAACCAGAGAAGAAACGAGGCAGAAUGUCGAGAACGCCUGCCCGUCUUGUUUCGACGAGGCUCAGAGGAUGAUCUACGUCUUGAUGGCGAAAGAUUCCUACAGACGAUUUCUCAACUCCAAACUGAUCCAGGAUCUGUCUCAGACACAGACCACCACUGAGAAGAAGAUGGAGAUGAAAAAUUGUGACUGUGAAGAGAGCAGGCAGGCAUUAUCCGGUGGUGCCUAAACAGGAAAGAAGAGGGGAAUAUUUAAAGAAGGUGCCAAAGACUUAGAAUGUAUGAGAGGGCAGACACUGGUAGAAAUCAGUUUGUUUCUUGUGUGUCCAGUGUUUAUAGUUUAGAAAAGGCAGUGGUUUAGAAGGUGACCUAAAGGUUCUAUGAGAUGCGGUGAUGACUUUAUGUCUUUUAUUUACUUAUUUUUUAAAAAUACUUUUGCUUGCCGUUAAUUCCUUGAAGUCUUUGGUAGUCAUUUAUGGUUUGAAGUGGCUACUGUGUGUCCACGUAUUCCUGAAAAAUGUCAUACAUUUUUUCCAAAUCACAAUAGUUGAUAGUGACUGAUUAAAUAUUUAACAUUUCAAUGUACAAUUUAAAAACAGAUGAUGUGUAAAUGUUUGCAUUGUGAAGUUUAACUUUUGCUUCUGGCACCACUGCAAAACAUGACCUGCUCUCUGAGUUACAGCUACGCUAUAUUGACACUUACAACAGAAAACAAUCUAAAGCUACCUCCAUCCACCAGACACACCUUCAAAUAAUUCUGCUGCAUCUGGAGCAUGUUAUCAGUGGAAAAACAGGAGUCAUUUUUAUUUUGACAACAACUCUGUAAAGUUGUUAAAUCUCCAAUUUAACAUAUCAAGUUAUUUUAAAGAAUGACCCAGCUUUACAGUAAGAGAUGAGAACACAGAGAUUAAAAUCAUAUGCUGAGUAAUCUACUGCGACAUGCAGUGACCUAUCAGUGUUAACAUGUUGUAUUUAUUUAAUUCAAGGAUUUAUACUUUUACAAGUAGAGUUUUAUGCAUUAAAAAAAUAAAAAAAAUAACUGAACCAGAACAGCUGAUGUGGACAUGUUUAUUUUUUAAACUACAUCAAACGAACCAUCAUGUAUUCUUCCGCUGUACAGUUAGUUUUGGCUGUAAACAGUCUUUCUAAUGGUUAUUUUCCAUCAUGUUGUCUUGGGCACAUGCUGUACAAUUUAAUGUUACGUAACUGUUUAUAUUCGCUACAAGUUCUUCUUAAUUUCCUACUCUCUCACUGGUCAUACAACAGCAGAUGGAUAGUACUGAUAUCUGUGUUCUCAUGACUUCAAGUAAGCACAUUGUUGAUCUAAACCUGCUGUAUAUGUCAGAGAUCAGUCAGUGUAACAACUGGCUGUGCUGUAUAAACAUCAUGACACGAUCUCUGCACCAUACAGAUGUUACCUUGGCCUAGUGGGAAUUUUAAGCAUACUAUAAAAUUACAGUAUUGAUUUUCUGUCGCAUGCUUUGGAGCUUUGUGUCAAACUGACUCAUUUGAUCCUCUGUAAGUCAAACUGUUGUUCAGAUGUAAUUUGUGCAUGGUAUUUGAUAGUGUGUUCAUUUUAAUUGAAUAUAUUAUGGUGGCCUUGCAUGCUAUUUUAUUUUUUCUUAUCAGAAUGAUGGAUUGUAAACUAGAUACAGUAUCUAGAUAUUUAUUAAAUGAUGUCAUUGUCCUAUUUAUAUCAUAUCUGUGAUUAUUCAUAAAUAAAGUGAGGUGUUGGAUAAUCAGAA